GUACUUUGGAUGCAAUGAGUGUUGGCUUUGCGCCCGCCAUGGUGGUCAGGCUCAGUUGCCGACACCUGGCCCGCAGCAAGGCUUCGAUGGCCCCCACGCCUGCUGCGAAUCUGCGUGUAUCGAGUCAGCAGGUGCAGGCCUACCGGGAAAAUGGCGUGGUCCACCUACCGCAACUCUUCGGCCCAGACUGGGUGCAAUACCUGCGCGAGGCCUUUGGCCAAGGUAUGCAGCGCCCAGGCAAGUACGCCGAGUUCAUCAGCAAGGAUUCCACCUGGGAGACACUGUUCGAAAAUGCACAGAGGAAGAACGUGGGCAUGUUCCAGGACCAGGUCUUCUACGAAGAGGCGGUUGAAAGACUCCCAGACUGGGUGCCGGUCUUCCACUCUCAUGCAGCAGCCGUCAUCGCUCAGCUCAUGGGCUCUGCCACGGUGUCGUUCUUCUACCUGCACGCCAUUCUGAAGCGCGGCGGAAGUACCGCGAUACCUUGGCAUCAGGACCUACCCUAUUGGAAGGUUGAUGGCAAGCAGAUCGGUUCCGUUUGGAUCGCGCUGGACGACAUGCCCCUGGCGGCCAGCGUGCGCUAUGUGCAGGGCUCCCACGCUUGGGGUCUCUUCCGGCCCCGGCACUUUGUGGACCACUCGCCCUAUGCAGGGCGCGAUGAGCUCCCCGAGCUGCCGGACGUGGAGACGAUGCUGCGGGCAGGCGAGGCCAACGCCUUGUCCUUCGAGGUGAAAGCGGGCGACGCGCUGUGUUUCGAUUCACGCAUCGUGCAUGGCUCGCCGGGGCAUCCAGAGGCCGAUGGCCCCGAGCAGCGCCGAGUGGCCUUGCGCUUCGGGGGCGACGACGCCAUCUACUGUGACCGUGCUGGGGAGACUGCGAUCCCGACGCCAGAGAUCGAUGCAACGCACAGCCUCCAGCACGGAGAUCCGCUGAGCUGCAAGGCCUUUCCUCGCGUUUGGCCCUGAGAGUCCAGCUUUUCACGCUGUCGGCUCACCAUAGUCAAGCCCAAAGAGUCACAGGCUUUGCAGCAAAUCAGAGACAGCUCCGUUUGUUUCUCGAGUCGGGAACAUCCCCCUGAUUGCCCGGAAUCCAUGGGCGCAGGAAACGGCUCGGGUGGCAAUGUACAUAGCCACUUUGCUCAGAAUCAAAGGGCGCCCGAGUCAGCGGAAAUGAC